AAAUUAAACAAAAAAUCCACUGAGACCAAAUACAGAAUUUAGUGAAUUUGAAAACAAUCGCUAGAAAGAUUGACGAAUAAUCGGACGAAAAACAACAAUCGACAAUCAGAAAUAAAAGCGUUUGGCAACAAAGUGGUAGUUAAUUUUCGGGCAAAGAAACAUACGGAUGCAUAAAAAGCAAUAGAGGAAUAAAAAUACAUAAAAUCGUACAUUCCAAAUAGCAAUAACAAAGAGGCAGCGAACUGAGACGAAAUAGAAUUACGAUAGAAGUGAACGAAUAAGCAUCGCCUACAAUAUUUUCAAAUACCGAAAAUUUUAUUGCAGUGCAAACAAUACAAAAUAAAUAAGAACGUACAGAAGAAAUCAAUUACAGUGAUUUCAUAUAAAUUGAAAAAAGUGAAAGUGCAUUAGAAAUCAGUUAUUUUGGAAUAGUACAGAAAGUAGCUGUUUGAAAGUUAUUGUUACAGUUGCAAAAAAGCGAAUAAAGCAAGGAAAGAAAAAAAUAAUUAUGGCUACCUCAGGAUAUCAACUGGAUUUCAAUCAGGAUUUUACUUCAGUUUACGUUCUGGACGGUAGCGAUGGCUUUCGCAUUUUCAACAUCAAUAGUUGUGACGAGGUCGAGGAAAUCUACGCUGAGCACUCUGAGCAUAUUAUUCUAGUCGAGCGCCUAUUCAACAGCUCUCUACUAGUGAUGGUCACUGCCGAGAAGCCGCACUGCUUGCAAAUGGUGCACUUUAAGAAGAAUCAGAAAAUCUGCAAUUGUGUCUACCCCACGAAAAUAAUCAGCAUACGCAUGAAUCGUGCACGUUUGAUUGUUUGCCUCUCAGAGAGCAUACACAUUCAUGAUAUACGUGACAUGAAGAUGCUGUAUGCCAUUGAGGAUCUUCCACCCAAUGAGCUCGGUGUGUGCUCACUUUCGUGCAAUUCGCUCUUGGCAUUCCCCGUUUGUCACUCCACUGGCAUGCUGGCGCUCUACAAUACAUCCAAACUGGAGUGGGGUCUCACGAUUGAUGCUCAUAAGAGCAAAUUAUCGGCAAUUAAUUUCUCGCCCAAUAGCCUACUGCUGGCGACCGCCUCAGAGCGCGGCACUGUGAUACGUCUGUUUAAUGUGAAGAAUGGCCAGCGCUUGCAGGAGUUCCGACGCGGCGUGAAACGUUGUGUAGACAUAGCGUCGUUGGUGUUUUCGGCUAAUGGACAAUUUAUUUGUAUCACCUCCAAUACGGAAACGGUGCACAUAUUCAAGAUUGACGAGAGAACUGAUGCAGCUAUGAAAGCGGUGAAGGAUGCUGCUGCUGCUAAGCGAUUGGGGAAGGCGGAACAGCAGCAGCCAGUUGAAGAGCCGGUGGCAGCGACGACCUGGUCCAACAGCUUUACGAGGGCGGUAACCUCAUAUAUUUUGCCAACACAAGUGAGCGAUGUGCUCGCGCAGGAUCGCGCUUUCGCUACGGUGGUGCUGGCACAGCCGGGUAUGCGCCACGUAUGUGGGUUGACGUUCGUGAAAAAGGAACUGAAGGUGCUGGUCGCCAGCGAAGAAGGUUUCCUCUACAUUCACGAAUUCAAUGCGGACCUUGGUGGUGUGUGCAAGUUACAGGCGGUGCAUGAUUUGCGCGGCGCCCUGGAUGGUGUCGAAGAGCUCAGUCUUAGCGACAACGGAGACAAAAUGUCACCCGGUUCGUCCAAUAAGGAGGCUAAUAGAAGUACCGUACCAACCACAAGCACUGUCGAUGCUAAUCAAAGUGAUAGCACACCAAAAAAUACAACAACACCAACAACUUCAGGUAGAAAUAUCAGCAGUGAGGCGACGAGUGAAAAGAGCGACACUACGAGUUGUAUGAUAGAAUAUCCAUGUCCGUUGCCGGAGAACUUAUAUGCGACGAGUGAAAAGAGCGACGGUGCGGGUUGUAUGAUAGAAUAUCCAUAUCCGUUGCAGGACAACUCAUAUGCAGACAUAUUAAAAGGACGCCAGCCGGCCGAUCGCGCAAAAGUUUGUUCAAUUUCAGAAAACCCUGCCGAAUACCGUAAGGCCGUCAUAAAAAGUGCAUUUUUGGAUGAGCAUCAUUUUCCGCCAGUGUCCUAUGCAAGGCGCUUUUGGACACCAAAGCGCAGGAACGAAGGGGACCGUUUUGCCGCCGCUGCGAAAGCUUAAAUUUAAAUGUGUAAAGCAGUUUUUGAUUGAGUUUGAGGCUUUUGUAAAGACAAAAACAAAAACAGCAGCGCUCAAUAAUAAAAUUAAUCAACAAUUAAAUUAGCAAAAUGUGAAACGUAUCAAUUAGCAGAUAAUUAUUGUUUAAAAAUGAUGUUUUAAAAUCUAAUGCAAAAAAAAAAAAAAUGUAAAAAUUAAAUGUUAGAAAAAAUAACUAGGGCAUACAUACAUAUACACAUAUGCGAGUAUUGAUAUUAGUUUUAACAUUUUGAUUCGCAUUCAUUUCUGUAGCAUACAAGCAAAGUAAAUUAUAAAUUAUAAAAUAUUCGUUAGCCAAUUAAACUUAGUAAGCAUUUACCUAUUACACACGCGGAUACAGGGUCCACAUGCUACUACAAUAUAUUUUCAAUAUUACGUUUUGCUCUCUGCGCCUCUCUUUUACCAUUAACUAAAGUAGAGUGAUAUUUUCCGAGGCCUUCGAAUGGGCUUUUUACGAUCUUCUUAAAUUUAUUUAGUUAUAGUACUUCAUCGCCUUUUUAUAUACA